GAAAAACAUGGCGGAUUAGUGUGUGUGCAUGGGGGUCCGCUACUCGCCACUCGUCGUCGUGAAAUGAACGUUAAUUUCUCCAAGCUAACGACUCAUUCUUGAACAGGUCAAAAUGUUUCGGCGUUCAAGAUUUAGCAUCAGGCCAAAUGUUGGCACAGCUGGGAGAACAGCAGCGGCUCCACAGGAAGCCCCUUCAGCGAGUCAGGAGGCCGGUGAGACCCCCAAAGAUGUCAGUGAGAACAGCACUGCUGAGACAGAAAACAAGUCUGUGGUGACCCCAUCAGAAAAGCCUACCCCUUCAGGGGAUGGUAAUGACCAGAAUGGGGAAGGUACCAGCACCUCAGCAGCAGUCCAGAGAAGGAAGCGGUUUUCCAUCAAGCCAAAAGUGGCCCCAGGCCGACUGUCAACCCUUUCUCGGACGCCGAAGUCACCCGUCAAAGCCUCUGAAACUCCUGUUGAAACCUCCAUCUCUGACCUUUACAAACCAACUACAUCCAGCCAAACUGGGACUACAGUUUCCCCUCGAGGACUCCAAUCCCCAAGGCGACGUAGGCCUUCAGAGGACAGCAGGCAGCCCAAAUUGCAGCCCAAACCCACAAUCAUUUCUUGUGACAGUUCAGGACCUUUAGCAACUCUUCCAGCAGAGGAUUUACAAGAACAAAAACAUCUGUCAAAAGAUGCUGGCAAGCAAUUAGAAAGCACUUCAGACAGUCCAGUUAAAGACUCAGCGUCUGGACUACCAGAUAAAGUCCCCCCCUCUCUACCGGACAGAGAAGCUAGUGAAAUAUCAGAGAAAGCAAAGACUCUAAUCUCAUCUAAGAGUGGCCUUUCACUGUCAACACCAGCGUUCUCUUUAAGCAGACUCCUGAACGACCCUUCAGACAUGAUGAGGAUCGCAAAGGCCCAAAAACUCAGAGAGUUACUGAGACAGGAAAUGCACAAAGAAAAGCACAGGAAAAAAGCCAAGGAAAAGCAAAAGGAGUUUUCUUUGGAUCCUGCCAAAAUGACCAUGAGGGACCUUAUUCGUUAUCUACCAGAGUCCAACCCCAUGUCAUCUAGUUUGGAGGAAAGUGUCAAUGAGAAUGAGACUGUGGUCCCACCUUCACCAGGAAGAGAAGAGUCACCAGAGCGAGCACAGGAACCUGUGGCUGUCCCUAAAACUCCUAACCCCAGGGAUGAUGAAGAGGAGGAAGCACAGGAGGACCAGGAGGAGGAGGAAGAGGAGGCACUCAUGGUUCCUCAGGUCAAAGUAGCAGAAGAUGGCACUCUGAUCAUUGAUGAAGAAAGCUUGACAGUGGAAGUCCAGCGAACCAAAGGGCCAAAUCCAGUUCAGGAUCGAGACCCCAUCUUUGAACGUGGCUCCACUACAACAUACGCAAGCUUCAGGAAAGCUACUUACACCAAGCCCUGGUCUAGUGAAGAGACCGACAUGUUCUUCUUGGCGAUUAGCAUGGUGGGGACGGACUUCUCUAUGAUCUGUCAACUGUUUCCUCACAGAGCACGAUCAGAAAUAAAGAACAAAUUUAAGAAAGAAGAGCGAGCAAAUGCCUGGAGGAUUGACAAAGCUUUCAGAGAGAGGAGAAAACUGGAUAUAGAGUAUUUUUCCAAGCUGCUGGAGAAGAUUCUAGAAGUUCAGAAAAACAGGAAGAAACUCAAAUCUCUCGCUGACAAGAACGCCCCAAAGAAGGAAAAGAAAAAUAGAAAAACUGGUUCUAAAGGCAAAAAAGCUGUGAAGAAGCUGAGUGAUGUGGAGGAAGAAAAUGAGGAAGGGGAGGAUGAUAUUCCUGACCUGGAGGGGGAAGGAGAGAAGGAAAAUGAGGAUCUCUGUAAUGAAGGUGGGACCCCUGUCUCUUCACCCAAGAAAAAACGUAAAAGAAAGAAUAAUGUGUCCAAGGAGGCACCAAAAGAGAAGAAAAACAAAAUGGGUGAAAAAGACAGAGAACAAGAUGAGGCUGGCAUACCCGAGGAUGCUGAGGCAGCGCUUCCAGAGGACCGCACAAACUCAGACAUAUCUGAAAAAGCUGGGGAUGCAAAUGCAGCCAAGGAUGCUGCAAUUAAGCCAGCUAAACUGUCUCGAGGGAGAGCACCAAAACCACUGCUGCCUUUGGGCAGGAAGUGGGGCAAAAAGCCUCCAAAACCCUCCACAAAGGCUGGGGAUGCUGCACCAGAUGAUGGGGAUGAGAGUGUGACAGAUGGAGCGUCUAAAGAGCAGGCUAAUAAGGAUGCAUUGCCAUUAAAACAAGCAAAUAAAAAGAAAUCCCAUGAUGAUGGCGAUUCCUCUGAAGAAGAAGAGACCUCAGUUCAACCUCUUAGACCCACCAGAUAUGGGAGAAUGCCCAAACCCACCAAGCCCUUGAAUUACCCCGCCAAAGAGGAUACACACUCUUCUGCAUCUGAAAGCUCUUCUGCUGCCAAGCCAAAACCAAAAGCCACAGCCAAGAGAGGAAGAUCAUCACAGGCCCCAUCAUCCCAAGAGUCCAAAAAACCUAAACUGGUCACCCUCAGAGCCUCUCAGUCAGACUACAGCGAUGAAGACGAUGAAAACCAGUGGGCAGAAGAUGAAGCAGAGGAGGAGCAGCCCCCUGCAUGUGGCUCCAGUAAUGACGGCAUUGCUCCAGCGUUCGUGCCUGCCAGCCUACGCUCUCCACAUCCUAUGAUUUCAGAAGUGGAAGAGACCAUGGAGGAGCUUGAUAUCUUGGCCAAUAUGCCUGAUGUAUUGGGCAUCUCCCAAGAUGCUUUGUGCCCUGAUGCCUCUUGUGAGAUGGCACAAAAUGAGACAGGCACAGCUGAACCCUGUGAACAUCAGUUGGACCUGCUAGUUGAUGUCAUUGAUUUCCUGUCUUCAGAACACACAGAUGUUAAUGAAGACGAGAGCUACAAUGAGGCUGCUCAAACCCUGUUAACCAUCGGCAAUCUAGCUCACCUUUCUCAACCAGCAAACUGUCAAAUAGUCAUACAAGAACAGUCUACAGAGACAAUAUCAGUCACUGUGACAGAAGCUAGUCAACAUCUAGAAGAAGAAAUGACACAAGAAGAAAACGGCACCACUUCCUAUUUCUCAGCUGCUUCUGGUCAUGGCGUUGCAGAAACACCAGAAACAGUUAUAACUGUAGAACUUCAAAAUAGCACAGCAGACAAUGAGGGAAGUGUUAACCAACAGGCUGGCUCUGAUAUGGAUCCUUCCACUGAAUUACAUGCAAGUCCAGAGGGUUCAAAGAAAGAUUCUCCACCAGCCAAGAAGGGACGGUUACCCAAGGUGGAACCAAAACCUAACCUAGGCCGAGCCUCAAGGGUUUCCCAGUCAAAAUCCCAACAAGAGACAUUCACAGCUGAAGAGAGCCAUGAAGACACACCAGAACUUUCUGGUCACAGAGUUGCAGAAACACCAGAAACAUUUAUAACUGUGGAACUUCAAAAUAGCACAGCAGACAAUGAGAGAAGUAUUAACCAACAGGCUGGCUCUGAUAUGGAUCCUUCCACUGAAUUACAUGCAAGUCCAGAGGGUUCGAAGAAAGAUCCUCCACCAGCCAAGAAGGGACGGUUACCCAAGGUGAAACCAAAACCUAACCUAGGCCGAGCCUCAAGGGUUUCCCAGUCAAAGUCCCAACAAGAGACAUCCACAGCUGAAGAGAGCCGUGAAGAUGCACCAGAACUUUCUGAAACCACUAGAACACAGUCAUCAGCACAAGAAAUCCCUGAAUCUAUCUGUGAAUACUUGCUAAAAGAUGACCAUGUGAGUUGUUCUGAAGUCAGUCUUGCACAAGAGCAGUCUGUCAGACAGGAGAUGUCUGCUGAAGCAACAUCAGAUCCAGAGACUCAAAGACUCAAAGACAGCGGAGACUCAAAGUCCACAGAUUGUGGUGUUGUGACCACUCAGAGUUGCACAGAUAAUCUGGAGAAAACAAACACAGUAGUCACAGAGCCACAGACUGGACAGGUAACACAUGUAGACCCAGCCUUAGUCCAAGAGAGUAGCGAGCCUCCUGCUUCAGAUGUUGCACCACUAGAAGAUUUAUCAGAUGGUAAGAAACCAAUCAGUGAUGCUGCAUCUUCUCCACAGACCCGGAAGAGUCGAUUCCAGAGAGUCAAGCCCAAACCCAAUCUAGCACAGACUUCCAGAGCUGUCCGCUCUGCACCUCAAAUCUCCAAAGAAACUGUAGAGAAAGACUCAAGACCAAUCCCAAAAGUUGAUGAUAAAACAAUGGAAGAAGUUUCAGCAGAACCAUCCACCUCUGCUGAAAGUCAAAGCCUGCGAUCUGGAUCAGUUCCAGCACAAGCAUUGGAAUUAGGCUCUGCUCCUACUUUACCUCAGGAACUACCUACAACAGAGAAGACAAAUGCCAUUGAUAAAAUUGUUGGUGGUCAAGGAGAAUUAGAGAUGGCCACUUCAGACCAGAAGGCUUCAGAAAAACAGAAUAUCUCUGAAACCCUUUCUGAACCCUAUAAGGAACAGACCACAGAUGACACAAGUCUGACUUAUGAGUUCACAGAUGAUAAACACUUUAGUGGGGAAAUUACUCUACCCAAAACAGACUCUGUAGUCACAGAAUCACCUGUUGAACAAAAGUCUAACAUAGACUCAGCCCCAGUAUUGCCUGCUGAAGUUGUACCUAUUGGUCAGAAACAAGACAGACAAGAGCCAAAGGAAGUUGUAUCCUCUCCCCAGACCAAGAGGGGUCGGUUCCAGAAAGUUAAACCUAAACCCAAUGUAGCACUAGCAUCCAGAAGUGGACGAUCUAAACCUCAAAUCACCAAAGAAACUGCAGAGAAGGACUCCAACCUCACUCCAGACCAGGACAUCUGUGAACAAACUGAAGAUGUUUCAGAGGAACCAACUUGUGCCACUUCUGCUGACGAUCAGAGUCUUAUGUCAGAAUCUAUUCUACCAGUCAGUGAAGGCUCUACUCCUGCACUUACUGUGGAAAGUGGCAAAACUGAGCUGGAAAGGAAAAAUACCAGACUUGAGUUUGAUUGUCAGAUAGAUCCGAGAUCCUCUGAAGACCAAAUAUUCUCUGAAGGCCAAGUUGAACCCCGAAAAGAACAAGCCACCAGAGACACGAGGCUAACACCUCAGCCCACAGUGGAAAAUUUGAUGUCUUAUGUCGAGACAACCGAAAGUAGCUUAAGUAAUUUGCAGACAUUUGACUCAGUGGUUACAGAAUCGGCAGUUAAACAAGUGUCAAAUACAGACUCAGUGUCUGUCCAAGAAGGCAGUAUUCAUCAAACUUCAUGUGCACAACAAGAUUUACCUUCUAGUCCAAAAUCAGGGGGUGAAAAUACAUCUUUGACUCAAACAAGAAGAUUCCAGAGAAUCAAACCAAAACCCAAUGUAGCCCUGACAUCAAGAAGUGUACGCCCUAAACCCCAGGCUACCAUCACUGUUGUCCAGAAAGACUCCAGUCCAACUCCAGACCCCAUAGCACAAGAUGAAACAAUUGUUGAGUUUUCAGCAGAACCAGUCUGCUCAGCUUUCCCUGAACAAACAAAUCAAAUCACCAGUCCUGUCCCUGAUGAUAAACAAUCAGUGUAUUUGGGCUCUACUCCUUCACCAACAGAUAAUGUUCCUAUGACUGAGGAGAAAGGGACAGAUGUUCAAGAUCAUGCUGGUGGUUUAGUCCAAAUUGAAAGUACUAGCACUGCUGUGGUUUCAGAAUCGUCUGUGGAAUUAUGUUCUACUCAAAAACCCACAGAGGAAUUAUCUUCAACCAAGGAGCCAAUGACUGAUGUUGGGCUUGACUCAAGCUCAGAGAGCUCACAGCAAAACACUCCCCAACGAAGGCGACGCUUUCCCAAAGCCAAACCAAACAUCGGGUCAAUGGCCAGAGGUAGACAGACUAAAAACCUGCAGUUGGAUAAUAGCAAUAAACCUUCAGAAGAGUGCAACAAAGACAGUCUGGAAAAUAAGGGUUCACAAGGAGAACUGAAGUCUACAGAGAAGGACAGUAUGGUCUCAGUGCCAACACAAAGUUCAUCACAAGCAGAACGUCUCAGCUCAACAGAGUUAGGGCCAGCUGAGUCCGAGAAGUCUGUAGAUACAAAGAACAUACCCUCAUCUACUGAAGAUCAGUCCACAUCAUCUGGCUUGGUUCAUGAAAACAAAAACACUGAGAGAGGCACCACUGAAGGAAAAUCAAUAGGAGAUACAAUGUCAACCAAAGACGAGGUGGAAGCUGGACCUUCUUUAAGUUGGGACAACAAAGAGGACACAUCUGUUGCAGCUACAGAAACAAAUGUCAAACCAACAGAGGAUCUUACCAUACGUACACACAUCCAGUCUUCGGAGAAUGUUCCCAAGGAGGUAGAAGUUAAAUCUAGUGUACCUACUAAUGAGCAGCAAACAACAGAGUCAGAAGGAACCACCCAGCUAACACCAACACAAGAAGUCCGACAAUGCUCUGAAGCUACCCCAUCGACUUCUCAUAGCGCUCCUGAUGAUCCAUUAGAGCCCAGCGACUCUUCAAAGUCAGUCAAACCUCAUCAGACUCGAAGAGGCCGCUCUGUAAAACCCAAACCUAACCUUGGACGAAGCCGCCAAGCUCCACAGCCCCAACAAGCCCAGAACAAACUACAAGCAGAUGCUGUUGCUGCCUCAGAGGGUGUGGAUUUUUCAUUUUCACAUGAACCUCCAUCUGAGCUUCAGCAUAACACUCAAAAACAAGUAGAGGGAGCUCUCAGCCAGCUCACCAGUCAAGAUUUACCUUCAUCUUUUGCUGGAUCUGAUUUUGGAUGUGCAGCAGGAGCACCCGACAGUUCUACUCAGCCCCAGGAUGCAGCCUUGCCAAGUGCAGAAGAAUCCAUGAGCCAUCCCAGUCUCUCAAUAUUUCCAGACAUGCUGUCGGGGAACAUUCCCUCAGAUCCAAAUGAAGAGUUUUUCAUCCUCGAUCUCACUGAGAUCCCAGUGUGCCAACAAGGAGAGGUGCUGGACGGUGCAGCUGAGCCCCUCUCUUACCUUCCUGUAGCAGGAACAUCAAUACAGCAGCAGCAGGGUGUUAUUGCAGAGAAUCUGACAUUAGCAGCAGGAGACAGUGCUCUUUCUAAUGCUGCUGUCACUGUGUCAGUGGAGCAGAGUGUUGAGACGAGCCUUAUCACUGUAAAAGAUCAAGAGCCUGACACAGAUACUGGUUCGGUCACGGAGAAGCAAGAUGAUCCACACGAAAGUACUGCAGUACAGCCACUCUCAAUACCAGACACUGCAGAGGUUACUGAGGAGUCUGAAACUCCCACUACAAAGGAGACACUUCAGGCUACAACAAGACGAGCCAAACAGAAGGUUAAGCCCAAUAUUUCCAGGAAGAAGCAAGCCAACAAGACCGUCGCUGCCAAGGAGGAAGAGUCAGCACCCCUUGAAACAAAGACCACUGAGGAGUCAGAGCUCCCUGGGUUUUCUGUGCAGCCAAGAGAAACCACUGAUGUUGUCACUGAGCAGCAGAAGAAAGGUGGCAGUCGUAAAAACACUGCAAAGAAAGCUCCAGCUGAAGGAAGCAGCUCGGGAACACAAGUGAGACAGACGAGAGCAACACGGAAUAGAAAACCCAGUGACUCCCUCCCUGAGACAAACACGGCUACUGCUGGUAAAGCAGCUCAGAAAGGUGAGAAGGUCAGAACUCCUCAUGCAGCAAGAAAACAACCAGAGCCUGCAGCCUCAACAUCAUACGACGUUGCUCCAUCGUCCAGCUCUACACAAGCAUCAGAUCAAGUCUUCUCAACACCUUCUGCUGUUUUAUCAAGAAGGACAGAGCUGAGCAUGGACAACACGCUCGACUUCAGGACUCUCACCUCGUCUCAGGCUUCAAUGGAGCUCUUUUCUUCCCAGCAAAGCCUGGAUAUGGACAGCAGCACGAUAGAAGAAGCCACCAGUGUGUCUCAGUAUUUCAUAAGUGACAUUUUCACAGACGUGGAGGAGGGAUGACAGAUGAGAGAGCCGAGGUGAGAAGAUGGACGUGCCAGUGGCUUGCCUUUUUAAAUAUUUAGUUAUUUUACAUUUGUAAAGUUUAAUUUAUAACUUCAGUUUUUGUUUUUGCUGUCUGAUGUGACGAUGUGAAGCUAAAUUAACUGUGAGUAAUUCAUUUUUACUUUUAUGAGCACUUUGAAUAUGUACAGUAGCUGAAAUACUCUGAAAUUAUUUUUAUUAUAAAGCCAUUAGUUUGAAUAGCUGGUAUUAAAUUGUAAUUAGAAGCAGAAAAAAAACACAUUUCUGAUUUUACAAGAGUUGGCAGCUUUUUUCCCUGUACCUAAAGUGGCUGUAAAACAUUCACACACUCCUGUUAAUAUGUCACAUUUUUGUUCAAUAUAUAUUUUUUUGUGUUAUAUAUGCGCUCAAGAUGUGUCAUUUCAAAACUUUCUUCACCUAUAAUUCAAAUAGGGAUGCACAAUUCUGGAUUUUGGCAAUAUUUAAUAUGAAAAUAUGAACAGAUACAUUUCAGCUGAUGUUUAAACAUAUAUUUCAGAUCCAAAACAUAACUCCUUAAAACUUACUUUGAAGCUUAAGGAUGAAAAACGAAACAAGCUUUAGUCACUAAAAUACUUUUUUGAGGUAUUUAUAUUUAUGAUAGAUAUUUAAAGCCCAUAAAUCAGUUGAAAAUUCCAAAAUUCAUCUUUUUAGAAUUUCUGAAUAUGGACUCAAACGUUUAGGAUCAAUUUAGAUACUCAAAACCAAGAAUAAUACGGUUCUGACUUACUGUGCGAAGUUUCAUUUAUGCAUAAAUCGCACAUAUACUGCAAGCAAGGCCUACCUCCUGCUCUCCGUUUACAUUAGUGUCUUUCUUUUAAAAACUUCCCUUGCUAUCCUUCCUCAUCCAAAAGCUACGGCUGGCUUAUAGUGGUGGUAAAUGAUUCUGCUGGUGUGUGCACAUGUGUUUACAGAUUUCUAAUGUCUCUCAGACUGACUGGUGUUUGGAAAUGUUAAUAAUACCCUCCAUUGCUGCAGAAUCCCUGGUUCUAGUAUAAGAAAAACAGGCACAAAGCAUCAUGCUGCCACCCCAUGCUUCACCAGGAAUAUGGUGUUCUCUUGGUGAUGUGCAGUGUUGUUUUUGUAUCAAACAUACCCCCUGAAAUGAUGGUCAGAAAAAUCAACAUAGGUGUCAUCAGAACAAAAAAGAUUUUAGCAAAUGCUUUCAGGACACUUGAUGUGUGUUUUUGCUAAAUUAAGCUGCCCUUGGAUACUUUUGUUUAUAAAAAAAGGCCAUCUUAUAACCAGACAUAUGCAAAAUACAAGAGAAAAGAACAGCAAACCCUUGGGAAGGCAUGGUGUAGACAGCAUCAUGCUGUUUUUUUCCAGCUGGAACUGGAGUUUUACUUAAAGUGGAGAAAAUUUAUAAAUGUUUCCAAAUAGCAGUCAAUUCUGGCACAAACUUUCAGGUGCCUGCGAACAUGAGGAUGAAGAUUAAUUUCCCUUUAUUAGCAUGACAGUGGCCCGAUCUAAAUCUACCAAUGAAAAGCUUCAUCAGAAGAAGAUAAGGUUUUGGGAUAGCAAAGCCAGAGUCCAGACCUGAAUCCUGCUGGAAGUCUGUGUGAUGUGCCCAGGAAAUGACCUCAUGACAUAAGCUGCAAUGAAAUCAGCGGGUGCUUUAAUGAAGGAUUAGUCUAGGGCUGUGCACACUCAUGCAUCCUAGUUUUCACUGUUAUUGUGAAUUCCUCUAAAAUUAUUUUUCAGUUGAAUUGAAUGUUGUAUUACAUGUUAUCUUGUAGGUCACAUUUAAGGUGGAUAAAGUUCUGAAAUUCUGUAUCUUGUCCUCAUUUUUCUACGUCAUAGAAAUUGUGGCAUUUUAACAGUGGUGUGUGGACUUAAGAGUCGCAGUAAAUUAGUAUUCUUCAGAUGCUUCAGUGUCCCUAAUUUCAUCAUUAACCUUCUGUAAAAUAACCUGUAAAUAUUGUACAACUAUAAACUAGUUUGUGAUGUUUUCUUUUUCAUACCUUUUCUGUUUCUACACCAACAAAGACACCCGUCUCAGGAAUGAAAGCUGAUUACUUGACAUGUAUGUCCAAUUGUGUCAUUUCUAUGUCUGUUUUGUCUACGUCUGUGCUUGUUAGAAAACAUCCGCUGGAAUAUGAUUUUUUUUUUUUUUUUAUUUGACAAAAAUGUCUUAAGAUCAGCUUGUUUGUAGAAAACAGAGGUGAGGAAUCGUCUCACAUUCAGAGCAUUGGUUAAACUAUGCCUACAAUUCUUUGCUAAAUAAUUUCAACUAAGCCGUUUCAUUUCACUGCGAAGAUGAGCUUAAGGAGGUCUUGUACACAUGUGCAGCAUUCAGAUUUAUGUUUAAUAUUUAAAACAACUCUAGAGCCCCUGUGACAGUAAAACCUGGAAGUAUGUAAGAUGAAUAAAAUGUGUUCUUCAGCCACUGUUCAAUUCAGUUUUUCAUUUAUGCAGACGAUACUGUGCUAUUUAAGCUCAUAUUUUUAUGCCUUUGCUGUUUUUGGUGUAACAAACCCAUUUUCUUUUUUUCAAAGGGUGUGUUAAGCUGUAUUUAGGGGUUUCCAAAUUUGAC